AACAGGAAAUAUGGUGUCUAAAGCGGGCCUUAUGCCGCGGACUCUAGACAGUCAGAUCACCAUGGAGAAAACACCAAGUUACUUUGUGACCCGGGAGGCGCCGCGACGCAUCUCAAACAUGUCUCGCGAAACAAAGCUGAUCGUAGUAGUGCGGAACCCAGUCACAAGGGCGAUCUCCGACUACACACAGACCCUGUCGAAGAAGCCCGACAUCCCUUCUUUUGAGGAACUAGCUUUCAAGAACAGGAGUCAAGGCAUGGUGGACACCUCCUGGAAUGCCAUCCGCAUAGGCAUGUACAUCCUCCACCUGGAGAACUGGCUGCAGUACUUCCGUCUAUCGCAGAUCCAUUUUGUCAGCGGGGAGCGGCUCAUCACAGAUCCAGCCGGAGAGAUGGGCCGCGUGCAGGAUUUCCUGGGGCUCAAACGCAUCAUCACGGACAAGCACUUCUACUUCAACCGAACAAAAGGCUUCCCGUGCCUGAAGAAGCCGGAAAGCAGCAGCCAGCCCCGCUGUCUGGGCAAGUCCCAAACCCUAAUCCGAACCCUAACCAUAUAG